GUUUGAGGAACUAGCCGCCUGGCGUUGUGCAAAAGACGUAAAAAUAUAAACAUUUUGACAAAGAAUAGCAUGAGAAAUGAAACGACUUUGAGCUUGCUUGUCGGUUGGGGCAUUAAGUGGUGGCCAAGAUGUGUGGCAGUUAUAUUAACAAGAAUGGGAUGGAGGGCAGAGGGUCUUCAACUGUCCACCAGCAGUAACGAGGCUUGCAAACUAUAUGACGCCAUACUCACACAGUAUGUGAAAUGGAGGAAUGAUAAAACCUUGGGAGGAUUUGAAGGAUGCAUUUCCGCUAUCCAGGCAGCUGACCCUAACUUUGUUAUGGGCCAUGUGAUCAGUACAGGGCUUGAGCUGGUGGCAACAACGAGCUCCACCCGGCUGAAUGAGCGUCUAGCCAGUGCAGUGAGGCGAACAGUAGAGCUGGCCAACAGCCAGGACAUCUCUCCCAGAGAGAGGCUCCAUGUCAAGGCGAUGGAGCUCUUCUCACGUGGAGAUUUUCCCAAGGCCUGUAAUAUAUGGGAAGACAUUCUGGUUGAUCACCCAACUGACAUGCUGGCCCUCAAGUUUGCCCACGAUGCCUAUUUCUACAUGGGUGCCCAAACCCAAAUGAGGGACUCUGUGGCCAGGGUGCUGCCUCACUGGAAACCACAUACACCUCUGUCCAGUUAUCUGAAAGGCCUGUAUUCCUUUGGUCUCCUGGAGACUCGCUUCUAUGACCAGGCUGAGAAAGUAGCCAUGGAGGGCCUCACUCUGACUCCAGAUGAUGCUUGGUCUGUCCACUCUGUAGCCCAUGUUUAUGAGAUGAGGGCAGAGGUGGACAAAGGCUUGAAGUUCAUGGAGGGUAGAGAGAAAGACUGGCAGGUAUCUGACGUUCUGGCCAGUCAUAACUAUUGGCAUUGGGCUCUAUACUUCAUCGAGAAGGGGCAAUACGAAGCCGCUCUGCAAAUAUACGAUUCUCAGGUAUUCAGACGUUGUAAAGCCACAGGAUCAAUGUUGGACACUGUAGAUGCCAGUUCAAUGCUCUGCAGACUGGAAAUGGAGGGUGUGUGCGUGACGGAUCGUUGGCGAGAGCUGCUCCAGGUAACACAGCCUCACACUGACGAUCAUGUGACCUUAUUUAAUGACCUCCACUUCCUCAUGGUGUCGCUGGGAGCUAAAGAGAGCAGGACUUCUCAGCGUCUGCUGGAGGGCCUCCAGGAAUUGACUAAGGAGCCGGGGGACAAUCAGCAACAUCAGCUGGCUGGGACUAUAGGUGUAACCAUGUGUCAGGCUAUGAUGGAGUACGACCAGGGCAACUACAGUGGAACUGUGGAGCUCCUGUACCCUUUACGCUACCGCAUGGUAGAUAUAGGUGGCAGUGAUGCUCAGAGGGAUCUCUUCAAUCAACUGCUUAUUCAUGCAGCCAUGAAAUCAGAGAGUAUGCACCACCAGAAACUGGGAAGAUGUCUUCUGGUGGAGCGUGAUGCCAUGAGGCCAAACUCUCCUCUUACUGAUCGUCUGAUGCAGAGCGCCCUGGCUCUUCAUGUCUAGAAUGAUUGCAAGGUGCACAGAGCAGCUCCCAUGCACAAAACAUCAAAUUAACAUCAUAAUCUGGUCUGCCGAUGUUUGGCCUCAGGAAACUGCUUAGGAAACAACCUCCAGGAAUGGGCACUGUUGUAAAGACAGCUGAAACCUUUUAUACAGCACAGUUUUAAAUGUAAAGCUCAUUGCCCUUUUACAUUGCUGACCUGUUAAGCUUUGUAGGUGAACAAAUUUGCACAUAUCUCAAGGUUAGGAGCUAACCACAGGUUGCCAAUUUGCAUGAUAAAUAGCCUUAAAGUAUGAUACGUAAUCACAUGCUUUAUCUGAGUUUAUUCUUUUAGCAAAACUGAUACCUCUAAUCAGUGUAGGUGACUGUGACUUUCUUCUUGUUCUGAAUUUUAUUAGCAAACAUCACAUUUAAAUAUAAAUACUUCUUCAGAGAUAAAAUCUUCAUGUCAAUAUCAAUACAAAAACCAUUAUCAAAACCAAUAAAUAUACACUUUGCACUUUGCAUGUAAAUGACUAUUUUAGUAACACAAUAAAGUGCACCACACUUGUAUGCCCGAGGGCAACAGCACGUUAAGAAUAGGAAAUGUACUCAAACAUUGCAGAUAUACAGUAGCAGUAAAAAAAAAGAUGUCCUUGCACAUGUCAGUGGAGCUGAGUGGAGUACUGUAAGUUCGUUUUUUCCCUCCUCUUCCCCUGUGUCGAUCCACUUUCACAACACUGAGGUAAUCUCAUCUUGGAUCUGAGAGAUCAGGAUCUGGGACAGCACGAUCCCUGCAAUCUGGAGGACAGCAGCAGCCAGUUUAGAUUACAGAAACAGACUCUUGGUAACUGUACAGCCCGUGCUGUGCAUCUCAAGGUCCCUCGGAAGGGUGUCGCAAUGCUCAUCUGGCACCGGGAGGAAAUGUUUCGAAAUUAGAUAAAACUGUUUGGAUAAAGUCA